AUGGCAGAGACUCUUUUGGCCUUUGGAGUGGAGAAGCUAUGGGACCUUCUUGUCCGAGAAUCUGAUCGAUUUCAGGGAGUUGAAGAGCAAUUUGAUGAGUUAAAAAGUGAUAUGAACAUGUUAAGGUGCUUUUUGGAAGAUGCAGAUGCCAAGAAACAUUCAAGUGCAAUGGUGAGAAACAGCUUGAAAGAGAUUAAGGAAAUUGUGUGUGAUGCAGAGGAUAUAAUCGAAACCUUUCUUCUAAAAGAAGAACACGGAAAGAAAAGUGGCAUCAGGAAGCGUGUGGAAAGAUUGGCUUGGGUUAUAGUGGAUCGUAGGGGACUUUGUUCAGAUAUAAGAGCCAUCAGUAAGAGGAUCUCUAAGGUGAUCCGUGAUAUGCAGAGUCUUGGCGUACAACAGGUCAUUGCCAUUGAUGGGUAUACGCAGUCUCUACAGGAAAGACAAAGGGAAAUGCGAAAAACGUUUUCUAACGACAAUGAAACCGUUCUUGUUGGGUUGGAGGGAAACGUUCAGAAAUUGGUGGGCUAUUUGGUGGAGGAAGAUAUCAAUACUCAAGUGGUUUCUAUAACCGGGAUGGGUGGUAUUGGUAAAACCACCUUAGCGCGGCAAGUUUUUAAUCAUGAGAUGGUAAAAAAACAUUUUGAUGGACUUGUGUGGGUAUGUGUUUCACAACAGUUUAGAAGACAGUAUGUGUGGCACACGAUCUUGCAGAAACUUUGUCCAGAAUAUAUAAUAACAGAGAAGCCAACAGAAGAGCAACUUCAAGAAAAACUCUUUCAAGUGUUGGAAACUCAAAAAACUUUGAUUGUCCUUGAUGAUAUAUGGAGAGAAGAAGAUUGGGACAGAUUAAAGCCAAUUUUUCCACCCGAAAAAGGUUGGAAGGUAUUACUUACUUCUCGUAACGAGGGUGUCGCAUUACGAGCAGAUCCAGCAUGUUAUAUCUUCAAACCAAACUCUCUAACUCUCGAGGAAAGUUGGAUAAUUUUUCAAAAGAUAGCAUUUCCCAGAUACAACACUAUAGAAUAUAAGGUUGAUGAAGAAAUGGAAGAGAUGGGUAAAGAGAUGAUCAAACAUUGUGGAGGACUACCAUUGGCUGUUAAGGUGUUAGGUGGGUUAUUGGCUACACAAUACACACUACGUGAGUGGAAAAGGAUAUAUGAGAACAUUAGAUCUCACAUCGUCGGAGGGACUAGCUUCAAUGACAGAAACAUCAGUUCAGUUUAUCAUGUUCUAUAUCUGAGUUUUGAAGAGCUCCCUGUUUAUUUGAAGCAUUGCUUCCUCUAUCUAGCCCAUUUUCCAGAAGAUUUUCUAAUAAAUGUAGAGAAUUUGUCCUACUACUGGGCUGGAGAAGGAAUACCAAGACCAAGGUCUUACGAUGGAGCAACCAUUCGAGAAGUCGGAGAUGCGUACAUGGAAGAGCUAGUGAAGAGAAACAUGGUUAUUUCUGAAAGAGAUGUAGGUACUUCAAGAUUUGAGACAUGUCACCUGCAUGACAUGAUGAGAGAAGUUUGUCUCCUUAAAGCGGAAGAAGAAGAUUUCGUACAUAUUAUUGAUGCACGUACUGUCACUUCAACUGCACAUUCUCAUCAAUCUCGUAAAUCUCGCAGACUCGUUGUACAGUGUGGUGGUAGCUCAGGGUAUUACAGGAGUCCAAAACUUAAAUCCCUCUUGUUUAUUACAGGAGUUCCGUUCCGUUUAUGCUUUACUAGGUUACAGUUGAUGAGAGUUCUAGAUCUUUCUGGAGGCAGUUUUGGACAUAAAUUAUCAUUCUACAUUGGAAAGCUCAUCCACUUGAGAUUCUUGAGUUUACAAGGAGCUAGGAUGUCUAAGCUACCUUCAACUAUACGGAAUCUAAAGUUGCUCCUCUAUUUGAAUCUAAAUAUUUGGUAUUCUCAAUCGCCACCAGUUUAUGUGCCCAAUGUCUUGAAAGAAUUGAGAGAAUUGAGAUACCUUUCAUUGCCCGCAGGAGGAAUGCAUGAUAAGACAAAUUUGGAAUUGUGUGAUCUAGUCAACCUGGAGACCUUGGAGAAUUUUUCAACAAACCAUAGCAAUGUGAGUGAUCUUCACUGUAUGACAAGGCUAAGGACUCUCUCAAUCAUAUUCAACGCGGACGAGUGUACUAUGGUUACUCUAUUUUCGUCUCUAGGUGAACUGAGACAUCUGGAAAAUCUUACUAUAAGCGAUACAAGAGAUCGAUACAAAGAGCACAAGUUGAUGAUACAUAUACCAAGGUUACCUGAUGUGCAACACUUUCCUUCACAGCUUACAACCAUAACUCUAAGUCUAAGUUAUUGUUGUUACGAGGAGGAUCCGAUGUCGAUUCUAGAGAAGCUCCUUCACUUAAAUGCAGUUAGUUUAUGUCAUACCGUUUUUCUUGGGAGGAGAAUGGUUUGCUCCAGCGGUGGGUUUCCUCAGUUGCGAAGUCUAAUAUUAAAAGGAAUAAGACAGUUAGAAGAGUGGAUAGUAGAAGAAGGGUCUAUGCCAAUUCUUCAUACUGUGUCGAUUAGUGACUGUAAGGAGUUAAUGGAGCUUCCUGAUGGGAUGAGAUUUAUCACUUCUUUGAAGGAACUGAACAUCGUCAAAGUUGAGGGAGAAUUUUUGGAGAAACUGGAAAAGGAUGGAGAAGAUUAUUACAAAGUCCAACACAUUCCUCUUUUGAACUUAAGUUUGACAUAA